AUGAUCUUAUCUAUUACACUGGUGAAACAUUGGUCAAUACGACAACUUGAUGUCAAAAAUGCUUUUUUGCAUGGUAAUAUUUCUGAAGAAAUAUACAUGCAACAACCACCAGGUAUGGCAGACUCCCAACACCCUAACUAUGUCUGUAAACUCCAACGUCCUCUGUAUGGCCUCAAACAAGCACAUCGUGCUUGGUUUGACAGAUUUAGUGCCUUUCUUCUUAAAUAUGGGUUCUUUUGUAGCUUAGCUGAUCCAUCUUUAUUUAUUUUUCAUUCUGAUCAUGGUUCACUUAUUCUACUUCUUUAUGUAGAUGACAUACUUCUCACAGGAUCAACUUUUGAGCUUGUCACCUCCUUUAUUCAUCUUCUCAGUACUGAAUUUUCUAUGAAGGAUUUAGGACCGAUUCAUCAUUUCCUUGGUGUUGAAAUUGCCCACACUCUUACCGGACUGCACUUGUCUCAAUCUCACUAUGCUCUUACCAUUCUUGAAUGCUCCAAUGUGGUUGAGUGUAAGCCUAUGAGUACACCGCUAGAAAUACACCCUCCAUUCUCAUCUAUUAAUCCUCUCCUUGAUGACCCCAGUCACUUUCGAGGCAUUGUCGGUGCCCUUCAAUACCUUACACUCACUAGACUAAACCUUUCUUAUAGUGUUAAUUAUGUUUCACAAUUCAUGCAUGCUCCUACUCUUGCUCAUUUGAAAUUGGUUCGACGUAUACUUCGAUAUGUUAAAGGCACGAUUAACAUUGGGUUACAUCUUUCUGCCCAUAUUACUAUUAAUCUUUGUGCUUUUUCAGAUGCUGAUUGUGCUGGCUAUCCUACCAUAAGGCGAUCCACUACUGGCUACUGUACCUUCCUUGGAACCAAUUUGAUUUCAUGGUGUGCCAAAAAGCAACAUACGAUCUCCCGCUCUAGUACUGAAGCUGAGUACCAUGCCAUGGCAAACACUACAGCAGAAAUAACUUGGCUAACUUACAUUCUUAAGGAUCUUCGUGUUCCACUCUCUUCUACUCCCAUACUCUACUGUGACAAUCUUAGUGCUCUCUACAUGACUAUUAAUCCUGUGUUCCAUGCCCGAAGUAAACAUAUUGAGUUGGACUAUCAUUUUGUGUGUGAACGUGUUGCACUUGGAUUUCUCGUCACUAAACACGUCUCUACUGGCAAACAAGUUGCUUACAUUUUUACAAAAAUCCUGUCUAAGGCUAUCUUUCACUCCUUCUAUACCAAACUUUGCCUCCAACCUCGGCUCGAUUUGCGGGAGGAUAUUAGCAGAAUUCCAAGCUGUACCAAAAAUCAAAAUUAUCAACAGCUUAAAUGUGAGUAA